AUGUCAUCUCUCUGCACAAAUCGUCUGACGGAAGAACGAAAGCAAUGGCGAAGAAACCACCCCUAUGGCUUUUAUGCAAAGCCACGCAGAAACGCAGCAGGAGCACAGGACAUGCAGUAUUGGCAAUGUGGGAUCCCCGGGAAGCCUGACACAAUAUGGGAAGGGGGACUGUUUAAGCUGGACGUCAUCUUUCCCGACGAGUACCCAACCAAGCCGCCAAAGUGCAAAUUCGUGCCGCCCCUCUUCCAUCCCAACGUCUACCCCUCCGGCACAGUCUGUCUAUCCAUCCUCAACGAAGAAGAAGGCUGGAAGCCAGCUAUAACCAUCCCACAAAUCCUUGUUGGGAUCCAAGCGCUUCUGGACGACCCGAACCCGGAGUCGCCUGCGCAGGCAGAAGCCUAUACCCUAUUUAAGAAAGAUCGUGCUGCGUACGAGAAGAAAGUUAGACAGGUUGUUAAAGAGAAUCCGGGACUGUAG